ACAUUAAGGUCCAGCCGGAAACUGCUUAACAGUUGUGGACCACCAUUGGUUGUGAGCAGACUGUUAUAUAUUUACUGCAGCAUUAUGGGAUUAAUUAUUAUUACAUAAGUUUUGUUGAUUUAUUGUAACGUUUUGUUAAUUGUUACCUCACUUGUGAUAUAUCAUAUCCCUCAGAUGCCAUAUCAAUUUAUUUGGCGAAGUGUUGUGCUAUAUGAAAUAUAUAGAAAAAUAUUCAUUUUAAUUUACGCAAUAAUAUUAUUUUUGUAAAAAAAGGCAAAAUUAAUUUCGAAAAAUAGAGUUGUGAAGAACUUAUUUUUCUGUGCUCAAACCAUAAGUCUUCAUAAUAAUUAUAUUCAAAUAUAUCAAAAGACGUUGACAAUUCAAUUAGCCGCGUGUUACCGGUGAUGGACAUAACCAAUUGCAAGUGACAGUGGACAUAAUUGGUAUUAAUUAGAUAAUUCUCCUCUUCAUAGGACUCUGAGGAGCUCGUUGAACUGAUACAUAUUAAUAACACAGACAUCGAAAAACUUGUUAAUUGUAACAGCCACAAUCAAAAUAUCACAUCACAUUAUUGCUAUUGGUCUAUUGGUUGACUCUGUUGUCUUAGGUAAUAGAGAUGUAUAUAUAAUCAUAAUUCCAGGAAGAGAAAGUGCCUUUUUUCCUUACAGCAAUGUGCGGUAGCUCAUAUUAAAAUAAUUUCACGCCAACAUUAUUGAGAGAAAAGGAUCAUUAUUACUUCAAGUCUUAUUUCAAAGACAAAAGAAAAAAAAUUGUUACAAAUAAAAAGAUUAAUUAAAGAAACAAAGUAUUUCCUGUGACAAAAGGAAAAUGAACUAAACUGAUGCGACUAUGAUCUUGGACUCUGUGACGAAACUACAGAAAUACAAUGUGGGAUUCGUUGACAAAAACGUCGGCGGGUGUCGCUGGUUGUAAGGAGUGUGAGGCUGCCGCAACAGGGUGUCGUUCAGGUUGUAGCUCUGCACCGCUCACUGUCGAACGUGACAGGGACUUCCUGUGGAUUCGUACCAAAAUGCCUGUCUGUAUAUGGCCAGAAACUUGCCUCCUUGGCUGUUCACCAUUGCAUGAUCACUUGCUGGGUGGGAAAGUUCCAAUGUUGCAGUCCCCACUCAGUGUCAUGAUGGGAUACAAUAACGAGGGACCGUUCGCCUCCCCACCCCCCGCUCACAUGGGAAUACCUACCGUCGCCAUAGACCCCAAAACAGGUUUACCCCGCCAUCCAUUUCCUUAUCACACAGGCCCCGGCCAGUUCCCACCCUCAUUAUACCCUGACCAAUGGCAGAGACCUCCAGGUUACCCUAUAUCUUCCGGUGCAUUGGGUGGACACUACCCCCCAUCUUUCAUCAACUCCAACGCCCGCUACCCCCCGGGCCUCUUUCCCCCCGGGGUACACCCAGGCAUGCCCCACCCCAUGGGCGGACCAAAACAGGAGGGAGGAGUCUCAGACAAUCACAGACACGGAUAUGAGGGUGGGGGAAGUCAAAGUCCCCAGCCGGAGAAAAAGAAACCCCAUAUAAAGAAACCCCUCAACGCUUUUAUGUUAUUUAUGAAGGAACAACGUGCAAAAGUUGUCGCAGAAUGUACAUUAAAAGAAUCUGCUGCAAUAAAUCAAAUAUUAGGUCGUCGGUGGCAUGCUUUAGAUCGUUCAGAGCAGGCCAAGUAUUAUGAAAUGGCUCGGAAAGAAAAGGAAUUACACCUUCAGCUAUACCCCGGUUGGAGUGCCCGGGACAAUUAUGCUGUUCAUGCAAAAAAGAAAAAAAGAAAGUGUGAUGUUGUUAAGGGGGAAAAAGUGCCACGUCUCGAUGAAAGAUAUAUGGAUAACCCCGCAUUUGGAGAAUGUACGAGAGAUGCAAAAAAGUGUCGAGCGCGGUACGGAAUGGAUCAACAAAAGAAUUGGUGUAAACCGUGUCGGAGGAAGAAAAAAUGCAUUAGGGUUUUCAGUGACGAUGGCACGGAUGCUGAGGAGGACCAGUACAGCGACAGCAACAUGGGCGCAGACAGUUACCACGACAGUGACAGUAUGAUGGGGAGCCCCACCCCCUCCUCCGCCAGCGAGGACCCCUUCUCCACACCCAGCAAGUCACGCAGCGUGAGAAGUGUUGGUGUCGAAUCACCCCUUGUACACGACACCACACGUGACCUCCAUCACCACAUCCACCAACAUAAUUAUCCAAUGGUGGAUAAUAAAAUGUCAGAUACUAGUGCCUUUAGACCUGUGGAUGGCAAUAUGCCAGCAGCUCCGUUUAAUUCCCCAUUCUCAGUGUUCCAACUCACUGACCGAGACAGGCCGAAUCAGGAACGAUACAUUUCACAACAUUUUCCACAUAUUUCCACAAUGAAUUCAACUCCUUCUCCAAAACCAUUUGGCAUGAGUCGAUCUUACAGCAUCGAGUCACUAGCAAAGUCUUCGGUGACAUCCGAUGCACGUGACAAGGAGAGUACCGACCCAAAUAAUUCAUUCAACCUUGAUUUGUCGCCUCUCUCCAGCCCAGGCGAUAUGGGCUCUCCAAAAUUCAGCCUCUCUACAUUUUCUGAAGAUAUUAACAAAAACUUGAGUCCAAAGAAGACGAUGACAAAUUCGUUCAGUAUUUCAACACUUUCUGUUUCAUCGGUAACACCAUCAAGAGUUCACUGUAGCUGACCGGAGUAUAAACAUUGAAGUCUGAAGAUGAGUGCAAGUGUCCUUAACUACAAAAACUGCCAGCGUGUCUGUCCAAACUGUCAAACUCUGAAAGCUUGAGAAGGCAGAAUUGAUAAGCCAUUUUUCUCAAGCUUCUAUGGUAACUAGGACUUAAGGAGACAAUCUGAAAUAAGUCUGGUGGGUGACAGUAAUUUCUGACCUAGUCUGCCUAAUGUCGAAGCCCUCCCUGAUGUGUUGACUCAGUCAACAAAAUUUCCUCCAUAUUUAGCAGUGUGCUUGUGUCCAUUCCUCAUCUAUUACAAACCAGGGAUCUCAGAACUAUAUUUUCAUGUUUGAAUUGAACCUUUUCAUGAGACAAUGUACAAUAAUUGCAGUGACAUGAAAGAACCCGGAAGAGAUACCUGAAAAACAGUGUGAUUCAGUCAUCGACAAAAUGGCGCAAUCGUCAUUUACGAUGAUCUUAAGGUUGCUUGUUCUUUGAAGGUAAUCUCCCACGACCUGUUGACUCUUUUACGAGCCAGGAAAAGGUUUGUCAUACAAACGAUACCUAAGGAGCGGAGAACCAAAACUCGGCCAUUUUGGCCACUGGUGACAAAGCAUGUUGAACAAAAACGUGUUGAACAAAUUAUCUCAAGUGUGUUGGCGACAUGCCAAAUUUCUACUGUGUUCAAGUUAAUCAAACCCCCCCUACAUUCUUCUUUCAGUCGAUUACUUGUUGCAACCAGUCUGUGAAAAAGAAGACUUGUUUUGACGUAUGUUGGACUGGUUGCAUCGAGAAACUCGAAGAAAACUUGUUCGACGGUGUCUUAUUGUAUGCGUCUUUUGAAAUAAUGUGUAUUCAUUAUAAGAUUGUGUGUAAUGUACUUAAUAUAAAACUUCUUGUUAUUAAAGUUAGUGUUACUGUUUCAUAAAUUUUGUAAUGUUGAUGUAAAAUGAAGUUUCGUCUUUUGUGAUAUGACAUUGUAAAGAUAUCAGAGUAUUUGUUAUUUUGUUAAAAAAUCUUACUUGGCACUGUUUUCUAAAUUCACAUCUAGGAAAUUUGCACAAAUGUUUUUCACAGCUGAUGUUAAAAGCCUUUGACUGUUGAUUGCUUUCAUUUUGGAAGAUUUUUUUUUUAUUUUUCUAAUAUUUGUGACAAUGUCACUACGUAUAUUGAAAACUGAAUUACGCUGAGGGAUAACCUACUGCAUUCACAGAAGCAAAUCUUACUUAAGUAUCACCAUGGCAUCGCUUAUCCUAAUCAUUUCAAAUAUUGUCAAACAAUCUUAUCAUUGAGGAUAUGAUUUAAAAACAUAUGAUCAAGAUUUUUUUUUAAUAUUAAGUCAUUUUUGGAAAUUAAUUAGAACAUUUACCAGCCUAGGAUUCAAACAUUGUCUUAAUUGAUCAAUUAAACUAUUUUUACUGAAAUAGGUAUUAUUUCUACUUAAAAUUAUUGUUUUUGAAAAAGCCACCAUACCUUACCUUCUUUGACAAGAUGGUGGCUAAAAUUACAAAAAAGAAAGAUGUCUGAAUAUGAAAGCAAUCGUCAGUAUUUGGAUAUGAGGAUGAACUACUGUGUGGGUGAUCAAGCCAUUGCUCUUGUAUCUUACAAUAUCUGGGCAGGUCUUUCAAUAAGUGUCUAUGAUAUAUGACUCAUGUGAUAUAGGAAUCAUGUGAUGAGUAAAGAUUGUGCUACAAAUCUAAAUAAGUCUCUAAUAUAAUGAAUACUGUAUUUACCAUCAGUCAGACGCAUGUCUUGGAAGUUAGUGUUUUUUUUGCUAUCAAUAGAUUAUAAAAGGUGCAAUCUUAAAAAUAACUCAAAAUCAAAUAAGUCACUCUAGUGUAAGAAGAUAAUAAACAGCUUCUAUUUCUAUAUGCAGUUAUUGAGUUCUUGCAGCAGUGUAACUAAAUCCCUUCUCCCAAAGCAAACAAUUGGUUUAAAUCAUAAUUUAUAUGUAAGAAAAAACAAUUGCAAGGCUUGAUGAAAAGAUAGGCCCAUAUAAUUUAUAUUGUAUAUUCGUCAGGGAACGAAACUUGGUGCAUACUGGUAGUAAUUCUCACUACUGUUAGUAGGAGAUUUCCUACACUGAUGAGUUGUAGGUGGCAUAGUAACCUUUCUGAUUGAUCAAAUAAUGUAUGCCAGUUCUUUCAAAGAUAUAUCACAAUAUGUGUACAUGGAUGUUUGAUGGGAACUUUUUUUCUUAUCUUGAAGCAAAGGAUAUAUCUCUUUAUUGUUACAGUACAGAGUCCAUAUUGGUCUAUAUUUAGCUUGGAUUGUUGACAAUUAAGCCAAAAAUUAUAUGCUUUACUAAGUAUGUACUUAUUUUUUUUUUAUAUCACUUGAAUUUCUUAAUGAGAAAAAAGGCACAGAAUUAAGUUAUCUUAAGUUAGUAAUAUGAAGUUGAAGCUUUAAGCAGUGUUCAUAAAUAACAGUUGAUACUUUCAGCAUAAUGAUAACUUGGACAUUUACUGCAAAAAUUGAAUUUCCAAAUGAUAUAGUAAUCUACUCUAGUGAAAUAUAAUUAACUUGAUGAGUACUUGUAUAUCUUGUUGAGAAUACAAAACUGAAGCGAAAACGAAUGAAACUGAUUAUGAAUUGAUAUAUAUAUAUAUAUAUAUAUAUAUUUAUGUUGGGAUUCAUUUAAAGUGUGCUCACAUCAUCAUUUAUAUCAUGACUUCUGAGUGCCAUUAUUUGUUGUUUAUUUAAUUUUCCUAGCAGAUCGCAUUUUUGAAAUGCAGGCCACUGCUCAAUGUUUUUUCACAAAGUGUUUUCAACGACAAGUUUCAGAGCAUUGUGUUUUCAUCAAGGCAAAUUGUUAUUUAUUUCCAUUACUUAACACUGACUUUGCAGUACGUUACUUAUAACUUCAAUUUUAAAAUUAAUUGCCGUCAGUUGAUGUAGGGUACCAUUAGGGUAUUUAAUUUAAAUGACUAUGUAAAAUAAGAAAUUUUGUUUCGGUGAUACUGUUGAUGUAUGUAAGUCAGUGAAUUAAUGUGAUCAAAUACAUGUCCUUUUUCAAGAAGACCUUUGCUCUGAAUCCUUGUUUUUAAGCCUUGUACAUAUCCAGAACAGCAGUCAGACAUAACAUUUCAAUUAUGACUCAGGCAUAAGUCUUACGUUGGACAUUACCGUAUGUUUGUGUCAAAGACAUAGCCGUACGAUUGUGUCUCGAACAUAGUCCCAUGAUUGUGUCUCAGACAUAAGCCUAUGUUUGUGUCAAAGACAUAGCCGUACGAUUGUGUCUCGAACAUAGUCCCAUGAUUGUGUCUCAGACAUAACCCUAUGUUUGUGUCAAAGACAUAGCCGUACGAUUGUGUCUCGAACAUAGUCCCACGAUUGUGUCUAAAACAUUACCCUAUGUUUGUGUUUCAGACAUAGCAGUAUGAUUGUGUUUCGGACAUAACCCUAUGUUUGUGUCUAAGACAUAGACCUAUGAUCAUGUCUCGAACAUAGUCCUUCUAUUGUUUCUCGGACAUUAGCCUACGUUUGUGUCUUAGACUGUUUCACAGUGCCUCAUUUCAUUGUUAAGAUACUUGCUUGUUUGGUGCAGGAACACAAGAACUGCCUUCAUAUUUCAUAUAGAGAUACAUGUAUUUCAGUUUUGGUGCCAAGUCCAUUCUUCAUGAUUGGUGUUGGACAUUGAUUUACCUUACUAAAUAAUAGAAUUUUUUUUGUAAGUUACAACAUGGUUCAGGCAGACAUGGUGUUCAAAUAUUUCAUUUUUUGAUUAUCACAUUUUGUUACUGGUUCCAUCAAAGUUUUCUUGUCAAAAAUUGUAUGUUAGUCUUCCCUGAAGUGAAAUCAAAAUGCGUAAUAUUUUUUUAUAUCGACUGACAGGCUUUUUCAGAAUUUAUACACUAUUUAAUUUUGCUUUAAAAUGUAUAGAAAAAAAUGUGUCAAUUAAUUAGAUAGAUGUUCAUUCAAAUAUGUUGUUAAUCAAGUUGUUGUAACAGUGUACUGAAAAGACUUAUUAAAGUUAGAUCUUUUGCUGGAACCUACACAUUGGGUCCUCUAGAGGAAACUGUAUGGACAUACACAUUGGGUAUACUUGAAAAACCUGUAUGGACAUACACAUUGGGUCCUCUAGAGGAAACUGUAUGGACAUACACAUUGGGUAUACUUGAAAAACCUGUAUGGACAUACACAUUGGGAGUACUAAUAGCAACUGUAUGGACCCACACAUUGGGUGCACUAUUAGAACCUGUAUGGACCUACACAUUGGGUAUACUAGAAGAAACUGUAUGGACAUACACAUUAUGUAUACUAGCAGCAAAACUGUACAGCUCCUGUUUUAAGCAUGACUUGGGUUAACUAGUUGUUGAUAAUGUGUUUCAAUGUUUUGUUGGACUUGGACUUUGUACAAUAUGAUUGGUCUACCUCUUUCAAUCUUUCAUUAAGUUUAUUGAAUUGAAAUGCACAGUACAAAAAAAACUAGUUAGUAGUGAUUGAUUUUGUCAGUUCUCUUAAGUAGAUGAAGUGAUUAUUCUUGGAAAAAGAUCAGAUUUUUAUUGAUAAAAACAUGUAAAGGAAUGGAAAUAUUUUUUUUAAAUUUUCUUAAAAUUAUUUUCAUAUGCACUAAAUUAAUUUCAUUUUAUUACCAAUUUUUUUAUAAAAAGCUUCUAUUCAGUUUGGAAAAUGAACAACCAAAAUAGUUUUUAUGAAAAUCUCACCUUUAUGUUAAGAAUAUAUCACUGCUGGUGGAUUUUCAAUCCAACUUCUAGUCAGAUAUAUAUAUGUAUAUCUUAACUGCCAGUGUAGUCAAUAGUAUAGUUUUCUCCCUUUUACACUGCUCUUAAUUCUCUCCCUUUGAUAAAAAAAUGCCAUUGGCAUUUUAUUCUCGAAUUUAAACAGUUUUGCAAAAUAUAGCUGAAUCAUCUCUUUCCCCCUCAUACUUUUCUUACAAGAAAUGCUUAUAGUAUAUAGGACUUAUUAUUUUGAUCUCUAAAAAUAGUGAAAUGAAUUGCUACAUGUUUUGCUUUUCAAUGUUUAUUAAAAUGCUGAAUUCUGAAUUUGGACUUUAUAGGUUUGUUUUCGUAUUAAAUUAAUCAAAAUAAUUUCACUGAAUGAUAGGUUGUAACAAGUCUUAAUAGGUUGAAAAUAAUGCUUUAUAUUUUGUUGAUUUACAUUUUUAGGAAAAAAUGGACUAUUAUGUAUUUAAAAACAAAUAAGUCGGUAUUUUUUGUAUUUAUUAUUAUGGGUUUAUUUUGCCAUAAUUGAAGGAAAACCUUGAACUUACAAUAGGUGCUUUGUAAAUAGGGUCUGUUUGUUAUUGUUUAUUUAUUUCUUGGGCGGGAAGGCCUUUUAAUUAUGGUGUAUAUUGCUUGGGGCUAUGAAGAUUUUAUGUUCUCAAUGACAGUUUUAAUAGUGUAUAUUAAUGUCUUGUUUUACUGUUCUUCAACUCUACAAAAUAUUAAAACCACAAGUCCAUUUCAGAAUUUGGCUGUUAAAUAGUUUGUUUGAGUAUAUUAUAGUUCAUGUUCAUUUAUUAUAGUUCAGAGCUUUUAAAAGCCAUCAUGUUCAUAACUUUCAUUGAUGAAUCAUUUGACUGUGUAUUUUUAUGUUAAUGAAUUGUUUCAAUAAUAAAUUUACAUUGAUUU